AUGCAUACGCUUCAUGCAGAUUCCUCGACUGGUCCAUUGGCACAUGAAAGAAAAGGAGAUUGCAAGUAUGCAACGACCGUGUGGGUAUCAGCGUGUGCAAUGCUCGCAAGCUCGCAUGAGGUGGCCGCAAGCCUGCGACGCCGGAUGCUUAGCCCCAAGGAGAGACGGUGACAUACAAGCUGAAUCCCUUCAUCCUGCGGCACACCGAUUUUGGGGGUGAAUUGAGCGGUAGCUCCGUCGGUUGAGGAGGAAGAGAUGGACGGCGCCGGCGGCCGCUCGUACGAGGACUUCAAGCCGCCGCACAAGAUGGUCCGCGAGCCGCCCACGCACACCCUCACCAUCGAUCUCUCCGCCAAAGGGUACAAGAAGGAGCACAUCAAGGUGCAGCUGGUCCGCAGCCGGCGGCGGCUGGUCGUGAGCGGCGAGUGCCCCGUCGCCGGCGAGACCAACCGGUGGAGCCGCUUCCGGCUGCAGUUCCCGGUGCCCGACGGCUGCGACCUCAAGGCCAUCCAGGCGAGGCUCCACGACGGCGUCAUCCGCGUCACCCUGCCCGGCGUCAAGCCGCAGCAGCAGCCGCCGCCCGCCAAGACGGCCGCCGCCGCCGCGGUAGUAGGAGGGGAUCAGCGGGGCGGCGGCGAACGAUGCCAAUUCCUCCGGGAGCGGGGAAAGCUCGCGACCACCCUGCUCGGCGUGGUGCUCGUCUUGUUUAGCUUCGUCAUCUACAUCAGGUACAGCGUGAAGCCAUGAACCGGGGGGACACACGGUAUUUAUUUCUGAGAUGACGAGCACUGAUCGAUCGCGAUGAUGCGAUGGGUUUCGCUGUAAGAAUUAAUGAAAUCCAUCUGAAUGGAAAAAUGAAAAUGGAAAUGUAAACAAAGCCUUGGCUUUUUCUGUUCAUAUAUAUGAUCAUCCAUGUCGCAUGAAAGAGAUGUCCCCAUGCAAAUCCUUGUGCAGUACUAUCAUCUGACUUUAAGUGGCUAACAUGUGGGCCUUAUACCC